AAUGCCCAAGUAGCGUCGACCCACUAGCUGCUGAAUCAUGGAGUGGUUCCGCAGCAUCCCGGACGAAACGCACCAUGGGCCGUUUUUAAAGGACGUUCUCACCCUGGUGCUGGACGAGGCCGUCUUCAAGGCCAACCGCCGUGGCGAGCCCGUUAUCAGGUGGCGGCUGCCCCAGGAGCUGCUCUCCCUCAUCGACGUGCAGACCAGGGAUCAGCCCGCCUCUCACGAAGAACUGCUGGCUGCAAUCAAAGCCACCAUCGACUUCAGCGUCAAGACGGGACACCCGAUGUUCAUCAACCAGCUCUAUUCAGGGCUAGACCCUUACGGCCUGGCAGGACAGUGGGUGACCGAUGCCCUGAAUCCGAGCUCAUACACCUACGAGGUUUCACCCGUUUUCACCACGAUGGAGGAAGCGGUGCUGCAAAACAUGCGAGCUCUUCUUGGCUACCCUGAUGGUCGCGGGGAUGGAAUUUUCUGCCCUGGGGGCUCCCUGGCCAAUGGCUGUGCCAUGAAUCUGGCCAGGUUCAAAGCUUUUCCUUCUGUCAAGACUGAAGGUUUGCACGGUCUUCCUCGCUUAGUGCUAUUUGCGUCUGAGGACGCACACUAUUCGAUUCACAAGAUGGCAGCCCUCGAAGGACUGGGUGAGGCUGCAGUCAGGUCAGUCACAUGCGAUUCUCAGGGUAGGAUGGACCUGAAGGCCCUGGAGGCGGAGAUCCAGGUGGCAAAACGAGACGGCGUUCAUCCUUUCAUGGUGGUUGCCACAGCUGGUACGACUGUGCUUGGAGCACUGGACCCUCUCUCUGCGAUCGCAGACGUGUGCUCCACCCACGGCCUCUGGCUGCACGUGGACGCCGCCUGGGGCGGAGGACUGCUUUUCUCCAAGGAGCACAGACACCUUCUCGCGGGCAUUGAAAGGGCUGAUUCGGUGGCGUGGAACCCGCACAAGCUGCUUGCAGUGCCGCAGCAGUGCUCCACCCUUCUUGUGCGCCACGAGGGCCUGCUGAAGGCUUGCCACGGCAGAGACGCGACAUACCUUUUCCAAAAGGACAAGUUUUACGAUCACAAUCUCGAUCCAGGUGACAAGUAUAUUCAGUGCGGACGGCGAGUGGACGUUUUCAAGUUUUGGCUCAUGUGGAAGGGAAAGGGUUCGUUGGGUCUCGGAAAGCACGUAGAUGCGAUAAUGGAGCUAUCACGAUUCCUGAUCGAGGAGCUGAAGAAACGCGCUGACAGAUUCAAAUUAGUUUUAGAGACGCCCAACUUCGUCAAUGUCAGUUUCUGGUAUCUACCUCAAAGCAUCAGAAAUCUUGACCCGAGCACCCAAGUCUACAGGAACAAGCUGCAAAGUGUUGCUCCAAAAAUAAAAGAGGGAAUGAUGAAGGCUGGGACGAUGAUGCUUGGCUACCAGCCUCUCAGGCACUGGCCGAAUUUCUUCCGUUUUGUCACUCAAAAUUCAGGGAUGACCAGGCAAGACGUUAUCUUCAUGCUUGAUGAGAUUGAGAGGCUCGGCGAUAAUUUAUAAUGUAAUCUAUACGUGAA